AGCCUACUUCCGGGCGGGGAGCUGCGUGUGCCUGUGCGAUCGUAGUUUGCCCAGUUUCCGGCGAGGUGAACACGGAAGUGCGGGAACUGAGGCUUUCCAGCUGCUCGGAUUGUGGCCCGGCGACUGGUGCAAGAUGGAAAGGGGCGCGGCGGCGGCGGGAGAUGGUCGGAAUGGUCCCUGGGAGCGGCGAGGCUUGGGUGAAGCCGAGAGGCAGCAGCAGAACCAAGUGCGGGCUCAUUCCGGGGCAAACCAGUUUCCAAAGCAGUCCUACUGGUUGGAUCUCUGGCUCUUCAUCCUCUUCGACCUAGUGGUGUUUUUCUUCAUGUAUUUUUUGCCAUGAAUGGUUUGCCUGAUAUCUAAAUUAAGAAUUUCGGCUCCUGGAGUGGAUUCUGAAAAUGACUACAAACUUCUUGAACAAAGAAGAUAGGAUUGUGCACCAGAAGAAUUUCAAACUCUAAGGGACCUCUCUUUCAUUCUACACAUUCUGUUACUCUCUAGGACUAUAUCCAAUGGGUAAUGAUCUCACUCGUAGCUAAGUUCUUAAAACUUAUUAUUCAAAAGCAAGGGAAGGAUUUUGAAAAAAGGAGUUAGAAGCUGUACAGAAAACACAGGCCCACGACAUAUUGGCUGUUAAGACUCAGUUUAAUUUUUAGAUUAAGUGGACCUCUGUUAUGGUUGUCAGAUUGAUACAAUUUUAGAGAAAUUAUAUAUCCACUAAUGGAAGGCUAGGAUGUAUGUCCUCCUACCUGAUUGCUUCCCCUCACUUCCUUUUUAAGCUCUUGAACCCCCUAAAACAGGACUGUGUGUUUCAAACCUGUUUUUUAUUAUUGUCAAUGCAUUGAGAACGUUUGUGCCCAAAACAUAAGUUUUUUAAGUGUCUGUAACUUAAAUACUUCAGCAAAGUCAGCAUAUUUACUCAUUCAGCAAAUAUUUGAGCACUUACUGUGGGCCAGGAACAGCAGAGAACAAAACAGGCAGAAAGUCUUGCCUUAAUUAAGUAUGUUAACAAGAAUUUACAUUCUAGGGGUGAUCAGCUAGUAUUUAAUGUGAAAGAUUCACACUCCCCAAGCAGCUACUAUAAGCCCUUCAGAAGCUAUUCCUGUUACCCAACAGAUGUUAGAAAUGGGCUCUUGUCUUUGAAAUUUGUGACAUUUUAUAUAUUGGAAUUGCCUAAAUAUUUCAGGGCUAUUCCCCUCCCUUAGAAACAGAGCAUAGAUCUGGUAAACUCUACAUCCUCUACUUUUUAGAAUGGCAUUUAGGGUUGGUGUGAAAUCCAAAAUUGAUUUUGGAGGAUUUUAGCCUAAUGCGGUCUGUAAGCUUAACAGUUGUGCCUUCAGAGUACUGUUGAGUCUGCCUGAAGGGAACUUUAUACAAAGGUUGAAGCAUCUAGAGAAACAGAACUGAAUUUUAUUGAGGAUACCGGAUUGUUUCUGUGCUGCUUGCUAAUAAUUUUGUCCAAUAAAUGUUUAUUGGACAGGUGAA